AAUUGAGCUAGCUUUUAUUUUAAAUGUUUGAAAACGUCUAAUCCUCAACGUCAUUUCCUUUGUUUUAAACAUGGCGGCGUGUACGCGUUUGAAGCUGAUAUGGCUGGCAUUGGCGACCAAUGUGGGGGCGUUUUAUGUUCCGGGUGUAGCUCCUGUGGAGUUCUACCGUGGCCAGCCCAUCGAAGUGAAGGCCGUCAAGAUGACUUCUUCCCUCACACAGCUUCCCUACUCUUAUUACUCCCUCAAGUUUUGUAAACCAAAGAAUGGUACUCUCAACUACAAGUCAGAAAAUUUGGGAGAGGUCUUGCGUGGUGACCGGAUAGUGAACACACCGUACGAAGUAAAGAUGGCCACCAAUCAAGGUUGCCGACUUCUCUGCCAUUACUCCAAAGACAGCAAGCCAGUCCCCAUCUCUUGGCAAAUUGAAGAUUCAAAGCUGGUGGCACAGAGGAUACAGCACCAAUAUUCCGUCCAUCUGCUGGUGGACAAUAUGCCCUGUGCCACGAGACUAGAAACAUUUGACAACUCGAAGCCACAGUUUGAGCACGGAUAUCGUCUUGGCUUCAUGGAGGGUGACAAGCCCUACAUCAACAACCACUUGAAGAUUCUUCUUUUCUACCACACUGAAAAUGACCAAGCUUUCAGAGUCGUUGGAUUUCAAGUCCAAACAAAGAGCAUUCACAAGGACUCCCUCGAGAUAAAAAAGAAUGGGGAAUGUUCUCUGAAUCCUCAAGGCAAAAAGCAAGAUGUCAACGAAAAUGGCAUCACGGAUGUGUUCUUCACAUACGAAGUGGAAUGGAGGUCGAGUGCCAUCCGCUGGGCAUCUCGAUGGGAUACCUACUUGGCUAUGACGGAUGUUCAAAUCCAUUGGUUCUCCAUCAUCAACUCUGUUGUGGUCGUCUUCUUUUUGUCCGGGAUCCUAACCAUGAUCAUCAUUAGGACACUUCGUCGUGACAUUGCACGCUACAACAGGGACGAUGAUGCCGAGGACACCCUGGAAGAGACAGGUUGGAAGUUGGUUCACGGAGAUGUCUUCCGGCCUCCGCAGUAUCCCAAAUUUUUUGUCGCAGUCAUUGGAAGUGGCAUACAGAUCUUCUUUAUGACGUUUAUUACAAUAUUCUUUGCCAUGCUUGGAAUGCUCUCACCAGCAUCACGAGGAGCGCUCAUGACGGCUGCCAUUUUUCUUUAUGUCUUCAUGGGUCUGUUUGCUGGCUAUUUCUCCGGUCGCCUGUACAAGACUCUUCGUGGCGUGCAGUGGAGGAAAGCUGCCUUCUUGACAUCUAUAUUCUAUCCGAUGAUAGUCUUUGGUACAGGUUUUUUCCUCAAUUUCUUCAUCUGGGGCAAGCAUUCCUCAGGCGCAGUUCCAUUUACGACAAUGUUAGCAUUGCUGUGCCUCUGGUUUGGGAUCUCAGUACCCCUAGUUUUUCUAGGGUACUUCUUCGGGUACCGUAAGCACCCUUAUGAGCAUCCCGUGCGCACCAACCAAAUUCCUCGGCAGGUUCCCGAGCAAGUGUGGUACAUGAACCCUGUGCUCUGCACGCUCAUGUCUGGAAUCCUGCCUUUUGGUGCCAUGUUUAUCGAACUGUUCUUCAUUUUCACUGCCUUGUGGGAGAACCAGUUCUACUACCUGUUUGGAUUCCUUUUCCUGGUUUUCAUCAUUCUCAUCAUCUCAUGCUCACAGAUUUCUAUUGUGAUGGUCUAUUUUCAAUUAUGUGGGGAGAAUUACCACUGGUGGUGGCGAUCUCUACUAGUGUCUGGAGGGUCGGCACUUUACGUGCUUGGCUACGCUGCCUUCUAUUUCAUUACAAAGCUGGAGAUCACGGAGUUCAUUCCGACCCUGCUCUACGUCGGCUACACGUUUGUCAUGGUGCUCACGUUCUGGCUUCUGACAGGCACCAUUGGCUUUUACGCCGCUUACUUCUUCCUUUGCAAGAUCUAUGGAGCCGUCAAGAUUGAUUGAACGUCCUCUUGGACACUUUCCCAGAAACAAACUCACUCCGACCGUGACUCGGUGAUGUAGUUAUGUUUAUAGUGUAAAUAUGUCUCUUUUUCGUGAUUUUUUGUUGUCAUGUUUCUGUACAGAAACUUUUUCUUUUCUUGGUCGUUUCUUUCUUCCGGUCAAAAUAGAACUCUCCCGAUGACAGUAGUGACGUGAUGAGGGCAUUACCCGCAUUAAAAGACAUUCAUGUUCCUGGCA